GCGGCGGCUGGGGCUGCUGAUGGCGACCGGCGGCGGCCGCGGCUCCUCGGCGGCCGAGUGCGGGACACUGCGGGCCUCGGCCUCGGCGUCCGGCCGCUCCCGCUCCUGCGGCAGCACCGCCGGCGGCCGGCACCUGGAGCACCGGCUGCAGCCCAGCGACACCCUGCAGGGGCUGGCGCUGCGGUACGGGGUCAGCACGGAACAAAUAAAGAGAACGAACCGGCUUUACACCAACGACUCCAUCUUCCUUGCGGAGACCCUGCGGAUCCCUGUGGCCGGCAAGCAGGACCUGAACGGGGCACAGGCGGGAUCCUUGCCGGAGGAGAGCCCGGCGGGUUGGGCAGGAGACGGGCCCGCCCCGGAGAUCACCCCCUCGGAGUUCCUCAGGAGGCUCGACACCAGGAUCACGCAGUCCAAAGCAGCCGCGCUGAAGAAGCUCAAGGAAGAUGGAAGCGGGUUUGCCAGCAGUUCCCCCUCGGUCCUGGCUCCCACUCCGUGCUGUCCAGCGCCCACGUCCCGGCGGGCGCUCCUGGGUCCCGCCCGCCUCACCAAGACCGCCCGGGUGACCAGCCUGCGUGACACAGAGGACGAGAUCUUCCACCUUUGACCCGGGCAGCCUCUCUCCCUCCCUCCCUCCCCAGCGGGGGCGAGGGGAGCGCCCAGUGGGGGCUGAACUCCUGGUGCCUGACCCUCCCCACACCCCCCACCCCGCCGGCUGAGGUGGGGGACAACCUUCGGCCGGGCGGGGAUAUUCCAGCAAGUGGGAGCAGGAAGAUCCCAAGGGAGCCGGACUCACGGGGAAUGGGUGGGUCGCAGUGUGUGUGUGGGUGUCUAUGCCACUAACCCUUCGUUUCCAGUGGCUGAGUUGGGAUCUGGACCUGUCUGUCCCUCCCCUCCCCGUCCCUCCCCUCCCUUCCCCCCCUCCGUCCCUUCCUUCCCCCAUCCCAUCUGCAGUGCAGGACUGUCUCUGGGUCGCCCCAGUACUGCACCUCCCCACACAACCCCACUCCCCCCUGCCCACCCCUAAACCCCGGACAGCAGCACCCCCCCUCCCCCCAAAAACACGGGGGAACAGGAGGGCAGAGAGAGUCGUGUCCUGUACCCGUACCCCUGCUCUGUCCCGUCCACAGUGAGCCAUUCCCCUUGUCCACUGCCCUUCCCCUCCCCGGUUGUCUAGGGCGACACCCACCUGCCCGGGAGGCCGCACCUUCCGUCCUCCCAGCUCUACUAACCCACAGGGUUGGUGGGGGCAGGUCCCAGGACCCCCCCACAGAAUUAAUGCACUCCGUGGCGAGGGGGGGGGAAUGGGGGUGGUGGGGGGGCUGCACACUGUACUCCCCGGAGACCACGUCACCCACUGUCAGAAAUCCGGCAACGUCCCGGAUUGUUGGGACAGGAACAGGUGUGUCUCCCCACACCCCCCCCCCCCCCCCCCCCCCCACCUUCCCAAAACGCCGCUGUCUGACAAUAGACCCCCCCACUCCGACAUUACAGAGCAAAGUCCCCCCCCCCCCCCCCUCCCCAUCUCUCUUUAUUCCCCACCCUCUGCUGCUAAACCCCGGAUCCUCCGUUCAGCCUUUAUUGCUCUUAUUACGGGAAUCGUGCAAUGUGGAAUUCUGGUCUUCCGGAGUCGCCGGGACUGAGUUUUGAUGGAAAGAAGGGGGGGAGAGUCCCAGGAGAAUGAGUCCCACGUGAAUCCAGUUCUCCCCCUUUACCCAACCCGCUUUUGGGUUUCAUUCCACUCCUGGGGAGGCAAGAAUUCACAGGAGGAAUCCUUCCUCUCCCCCCGUAAGCUCUGUCCCCUCUCCCACCCCCCAACUCGUCAUCCUGUGCUUCACUCCAAAGUCAAAUAGCCCCCUUCUCAACCAGUAGUGGGCAGUGCAGAGUGAUUGCAGGAGAGAGAGAAAUGAUCCCGGAUGGUUUUAAUAUCUCCAGCUCCCUCGGUUUGACUCCAGGUGAGUUCUCCCUCCACCCCUGGGGGAUUUCUGUAGAAGGAUUCCCCCCUCCCCACACACCCCCAUUUAAUUUAUUAAUCACUGAACAGUCCACUUAACAAGAGCGAGCUCCCCCUGACUCUUGCACGGGGCUCGGGAUGCCAGUAGUGAAUGUCUGCUCCGAAACCGGGUGCGUGUGGAAGCUCGGAACGCCUCUGGAAGACAGGAGGCGCUCACUCCCAACAGGCCCCCACCAAUCUCUGUAAAUAGAUUCCUUCAGGGCCCCACCGUAAGCCAGAUGUAGGAAAGCACUGUAUGAAAUAAUUUCAUAUCUAAUUAAAAGAAAUUUAUUUCUACCGAGGUCUCUGGGGUCUGGUUCUUGGACCCCAUCAACUGGGGGAAAUUCCCACCUACGGUGGGCUCAGGCACUCGGUGGGAAUUGCCCGCUGGAACGCAGGCCUGCCGGAACCUCACCCCGGGAGCCGGAGCUCUCGUCGACGCCCUGCCGCGCCGUUCUGAGACGCGGGUCGGAAAUACCCGCUCGCGCCCUCGUCCACCGUCCCGACACGCCGUGGCGGUAAGUCUCCCCACCUGGGAGCGAAGGGGAGGGGGUCCCUAGUGAGGGUGCCUCCGCGCGGGAGGGUCCUUGUACCUCGAGGACCUGGGGUGGAGGGUGCUGCACAGGGCGGUGCCCUGUAACAAGUCUCUGCACCGAAUCUCCCGGACGCUGGCCACUUCUGUGGGCUGGGGGAGACCGCGUACCACGUGGAACUUGCGAGGCUACAGCCCCUGUUUACCCCUCUCUGAAGGGGCUACUGCUCGCCUUUCGCUCACACUUUAGCCCCACCCUCGUAGUAUUUGCUCAACUCGUGCGGGCAGGUCAGGAGGAAGGUGUCCUGCGCCCGGCCUAACCAGAUAUCCAAGGUCACAGGGGGCUCCACCCGAGCUGACUCCCUGCCAGUCUUCCGGGGGUACGUUUGUACCUGGGUAUCCCCGGAGAAAAGAGCAUGCGGUGUCCAUGGGCACCAUGGAGGCGUUCUGGGAUCAGAACAUAGAACACUACAGCACAGUACAGGCCCUUCGGCCCACAAUGUUGUGCCAACAUUUUAUCCUGUGCUAAGAUCUAUCUAACUCCUCCCUCCCACAUAGCCCCCCAUUUCUCUAUCAUUCAUGUGUCUAAGAGUCUCUUAAAUGUCUCUAAUGUAUCUGCCCCCACCACCUCUUCCGGCAGUGCGUUCCACACACCCACCACUCUCUUAAAAAAACUGACCCUGACGUCUCCUUUAUACCUUCCUCCAAUCACAAAAUUAUGUCCCCUCAUGUUAGCCAUUGUCGCUCUGGGAAAAAGUCUCUGUCUCCUUGAUCUAUGCCUCUUAUCAUCUUGCACACCUCUAUCAAGUCACCUCUCAUGCUCCUCCUCUCCAAAGAGAAAAGCCCUCAUAAGAUGUGCUCUCCAAUCCAGGCAGCAUCCCGGUAAAUCUCGGCACCCUCUCUUGGACUGUUGGGCACUGCCGAGGGUAAAUUGCAUCCUGGAUCAGGGUGGUAAUAUUUUAAUUUGGCUGAAUUGUAGUUUGUUGUGAUUUGUUGUAGUACAUGUAAUACAUUUGUGUUUGUACAAAAAAAAGGGUUAGACACAGAGUGAAGCUCCCUCUGCACCAUCCCAUCACACACUCCCGGGGUCAGACACAGAGUGAAGCUCCCUCCGCACCGUCCCGUCACACACUCCCGGGGUCAGACACAGGGUGACGCUCCCUCUACAUUACUUGAAUAACAUUACUUGUUAGGAAAACUUUUACUGAAACAUUUCUAUAUUUACAUUUUUUUUGUGAAUAAAGUAUACUUUAAGAAAGGGUUAGACACAGCAAAGCUCCUUCUGCACUGUCCCGUCACACACUCCCAGGGCAGGGAUGGCACCAGUGAGAUCGGUGGGGAGCGAGCAGGUGCCCUGGUUGGAUUCUGGGGCUGUUGUUGAGGUUCAUCGAGGAUACAGCAGUCAGUGAAAGGUUGGUGGGAGGGAGUUAAGUUUGUGUAUUGGGCCAAAAUCUCUAGUUGCCCCUGAUGGCAGAGGGGAUGUGGUAGACCGGGAUAGGAUACCCAAGAUCUCUCUGUUCUUCAAUACUUCCUACAUUCACAACCAGUUGGAUUAACAGUUAAACAUCCCAGCACCAGUCCCUCUCGGAGAUCGCCAGUCGCAAGCUCCCAAUUACACAAGCAACCCACUCCCCCAUCUCUUACGGAAUUGGGAUCCAAUUUUCCAACUUGCCCUGGAUCCCAGGGGCUGUAACAUUUUGGGACCUUACCGUAGACUAAGUACACUACACCUACCGCAGCGCCCUCAUUGACACACUGAGUCACUUUGGAAAGCCAGGUCUUAUUGGACAGGGUCUCCCCCUUAGCAACCUAUCUCUGCGUGGCCAAGCGCAGCCCCAAUCCCAGAGUCCCACAUCCACAUGGGAAUGAGUGCUGCUUCUCCCUGUACUUGGAGGGGACCUUUCACUGGGGAGUUUCUCGACACUUGAGGCUCUCGCCCCCAGAUUCCCAGACCCCCACCCCCCCCCCGACACACACACACACACACACACUCUUUUCAUCUCAACCUCUGACACACUCAAACCAGCCUCCCUUCCGUGGACCCUGUCUACACUUGCCGCU